GGAUAAUCAUCAUGAGACAUCAGAGCAAAAACAAUGCAAAAGGCCUCGAUCUGCUUCUGUGGCUUUACGUAAAUCAUCUAAACCAACCAAAACAACAAAAGGCAUCUCGAGUUACACAAGUAAAAAGUUAUCGAAUUACAAUCAUUUUUGACUAGCAUUGUUGUUUACUGUCGUUAGUUUGGUCCAUAAAAAAUCAUGUUUGUUAUUAUGGGAUAACUUGCAUGAUAGAUAGAUUAUUUUUUAUCACUGGCCUGCUUUGUGGGACUGUCUGCAGCUUUGUGAACCAAACAUCUAACAUGGGAAUCACUGGAAAAUUAGACGUUCUUUUCGAAAACAAAUCCAACAAGCCAAAACGUCGAGGUGCUUCAGCGUCUUCGUCAGUUACGAACUCUGUUACAAACUCGGGAGCAAAUAGUUCGUCUCUGACAUCUGGAUAUGGAAGUACAAGCACCAAUUUCAGCAGACAAUUAUCAAGCCAGUCCAGUGGCACCGGAGGUGGGGGGACGCCACUUCAAACGAGGCGACAAGCCGAGUCAGUGUCUACAAUGUCAAGCGACAUGUCUUCCGGAGGAGCGUCUGCCCAGAAGGUUAGAAAAUCGGCGGCUGAUUUUGAGACCAUCUACGAAGAGGACUCGAAGACGGGACGCUGUUUCGAAGAACUUCUCAUCGAGGCAGAAUUGAGACAGUAUUUAAACUGUUUCCAGACAAAACUCGGAGUGACUACCAUUUCGCAGGCGCGUUUUGUGGAAGACAGUGACCUGCAGCUGAUAGGCAUGUCUGGCCCAGAGAUGAGGAGGUUCAAACACUUUUACGACAAAAUCACAAAGAAGCCAGGACCCUUUACCCGCGUCAAACACAUGAUGUUUCCCAAAUCUAAGUCAUUUUCGACGCGCUCAAUGCCAAUCAGAAGCAAAAGCAUUCCCCGAAACUCCCAUUUACAGCCACAACGGACAACAAGCCAUGUACAGACAGACGAGCAUCCAAACAAAUCGGGAGCCGCUCUUUCGCAACGGACAGAGGGGGUAUCACUGGGAGCACCAUUCACUUCAGGGGUAGUGGGUGGGAGCGUUGUGUUAUCAUAUGGUGGGAUCAUUCCAUGUGACCAGAUUGAUAUUAAGAGUACAAUAGGAGAGGGGGAGUUCGGAGUAGUGAAAAGUGCAGUGUGGACCAACGAGCAAGGAUACAAGAUUGAGGUAGCAGUAAAGAUUGUGACUGCGGUGCACGUGGGUGACGGAGCCAUCGCGGACUUCAUGAAUGAGGCGGAAAUCAUGCGGUCGCUGCAACACCCACACCUGUGCAAGAUGUAUGGGCUGUCUAUCAACAAUUUAGACGGGCAUCGAGCAGUCAUGCUGGUGACGGAGCUAGCUCAGGAUCAUUCUCUGCUGGAAGCACUAGUUAAUGACGCUGGCAUGCAGUGGCUGUCAUUCACAGUGGACAGGCUGUGUCUCUUCGCAGCCCAGAUUUGUGAAGGGAUGGAGUAUCUGGAGAAGAAGAGAUACAUCCACAGAGAUCUGGCCGCCAGAAACAUCCUCGUCUUCCGACACGACCUCGUGAAGGUGAGUGACUUUGGGCUGAGCAGAGUGCUGUCUGCUGGCAAGGACUACUACCAGACCCAGAUAAAACCCAACCUCCGACUGCCCAUCGCAUGGUGUGCGCCGGAGUGUGGGAACUUCCUGAAAUUCACGUCUGCGAGUGACGUGUGGGCGUACGGGGUGACCUUGUGGGAGAUGUUCAGCUAUGGUGCUCAGCCAUGGGGAGAUCUGAAUGGGAAUGAGAUCAUCCAGAUUACAGAUUUGCCCCACUGCAGAAGACUAGAACAGCCCUUUUCAUGUCCCACUUUGAUGUACAACUCACUCAUGAUGCGCUGCUGGGAACACAACCCACAAGAAAGACCCACCUUCGCCCAAAUCACACAGCUGCUCCCAAAAUUCUUUCCGCAAACAGUGAAAGCUAAGGUGAACUACAUCAGACAGGACGAAGAGGAGCUGAACUUCAAUGUGAACGACGUCAUCUAUGUGUUAGAAGAAAGGGCAUUUUCUCAGUGGAAGGGCGUGAACCAGAGGGGAGAGGUGGGCACAUUCAAGCCCUCCCAUACAACCGCCAACAUAGAUGUACAGCGGCUAGAAGAAGAGAUCAGACAGCGCAACAUCAACUACAACUCCAGCCACGACUACUCUGUCAAAACAAACACUUUAUCCACGCAGCACCGACCUCAAUCAUUGGCUUGUCGGCCACCGCAAUCAACAGAACGACAACUCAUUCAGCGGAGGCACGACCGAGAAAGUACUCCUGGUACUACUACGGCCACCACCCCCACUCCCACCGCAUCACGACUCAAUAGCGUAAGCGCCGCAAUAGUGACCUCGCGACAUCCCAGGAGAAGCCAGUUGCCGCUGAGAGGAGAGAGCGAAGUAGAUUACGACGAAGCAGAGUCCAGUGUGGCACUUACUGAAGUGAGCGCUUUCCAUUCGGAAGACGACUACUCGCUAGGGCCACCAUACGGAUCAACCAACUACAACAACACUCCUCUUCCUCGCCACAAUUUACACAACAACCAACAAAGUGCAUUCCCUUUUGCAAACCAUCAUUUUCCUUCUUCACAACAACGAGGAUUACGCGUGGAUUCGAGCUCUGGUCCACCUUUACACAUUAAACAAGUGGUGCAAGUCAAACCCUUCAACCGAGAACAGGACUUUUCAUUGAGCGAAGAAACAAGAAAUGCCGAAACGAGAGAGCUACUCGCUCCUCAAAACACCGAAUCACUAAACCACUCGCCCAACAACCUAUCGAGAUUCCCUCUGCACAACCCCGACCAAGAUGACCAACCAGACUCAUUAUCCCCAAGUGAUGUAAUACAACGUCAAACAGACGCUCUAAAUCAAAACAUCAGUUCAACGCAGGAACCAGAAGGCGAGUCUGCUGGAUUCUCCAACACCAACUACCGAUCAAAUGAGGAGAAGCAAAGCGGCUCCUUCUCACCAACUCGAAGUCGGCAAACAUCGCAAAGCUGCAGCUCUCAUCCCGAUACUAUUCCCAGCAGCCACGUGCAGACCCAGGGCUAUUCCCGAUUUGCGUCUUGUGGGGGUUCCGGGGUUGGGAUCGAAGAGCUCGGUCACAUCUCAACUGGCAGAAUAACAGCACCCUCCCUUUCCCCUUCUCCGUCCAAUCCAGCUUCAAUCGGCGUUCACCGAAGCGGGUCCACGCCGGCGAACAGAGCGACAGAAGUGGACGAAGUCAGACACCAAAGAAGCGUCUCAGAUACAGGCGGCGGCAGCGUUGUUAGCAAGACCAAAAGAGCCAUGGCUGCCGAUCAAGCAGUGGCAGUUAAUGACCGGGCCCAGUUAUUGGGAGGAGCCACCUCGCCCACUGCAAUCCCCCAGGGCAGGCAAAACCCCAACAAAUUCCUCAAAAACCUUCUGAGCAAACAAACGUACACAGACGAAAAGAGAAAUGAGAUAGCAAACAAGAUGAUAGCACCCGGCUCCAGUCCCACCAAGUACUUCCAGGCUGGAAGCUACUCAAACAGCGUAGACUCUCAAUUUGACCACCAAGCGCACUUAGGGGAUUCCUAUGUCCAGGCAAACAUCGAGUGCAGGACCUUGCCACGAAUCAUGACACCCAAAGCAAAGACACAAGUGACAAGCAGCGGCAGCAUCAGUCGAGGCAUGUGCGAUAGCAUAGCGAACAAUUUUGACUCCACAACAUCCUCUCCUCCAAUCACAAAUUACGAGGACGCGACACUGGCAACUUCAGACAGUGCAAACUCAAAUUACAGUUCCAAUUCCCCAGCCACAAAUGGUGCUACAAACGUUCCAGCCAUUCCUCCGCGAGUCCCCAUUAGCCCAUUGUCAACUCCAGAUCAACCUGGAACACCGACAUCUCCUUUACCGCCAAACUCAAGCAAACAGGCAUUCUUUCCCGCUAGCAACAACCCAACACAAUCUCACGUACCUCCCGUACCUCCACGGGCAACUACAGGUACAGACAUGAGAUUGUACCAGCGAAGGCUAAACCGAAGCAAUACCACAUAUCACAGAAGACAAAAUGCUUAUGGCACGGGAGCUGAUCCUAGACGACCCAUUUCAAUUCAGAGACAAAAAUCUUUAGAAGCAUGUGAUGACCGUCUAGGUUGUCCGAUUAGGUUUCACCGAAACCCCUCAGCUCCCGAAUUUUCAGCUGGCGAUUCAGUAAGCAGUAUCACAAGCGAAAACGAUUUGAUUCGGUCGCCCCUUGCUGUGUACCAGCAGGCACCCUCAAGUAUGAGCAGUAUUGCAAUAUUGAACAGGGAGACCAAGUCUAGCAAUAGUUCGUCAGAUGCAGGCAGCACUGCAGAGAUGCACACGACAAGCCUUCAAAACAGAUACGUCUCCACAACACCUCGCAUGACUUCUGGUUCAAAUAACAGGACUCCUGUCAGACAAGCCUUCUCAUUCAACACACAACGCCACAAUCCUCAUCAUCAACCCCAGAACUCAACUACCUCUUCCAGCACGACAGCAGAAGGCUACAUCCAGCUAUCAGACACCACCUCUAAUGCCAGCCUUCCGACCCGCGGAUCAGCAAGCCUCCAGCGAUCCAACAGCUCCGACAUGGCUAGACCACGACCACACGAAACCGACACACACUUGACAGCUACAAUCGUCAAUCACAACCUCAGUUUACCUCUAGAGAGUCCACAGAUUCCAACACGUACGCGUGCAAGUGCAGGCGGCCCAAUACCUCAUCAACUUCUGGCAUUCUACUCGACACAAAAGUUGAGCAAGUCCAAGCGAAAUAGUCGGGAGGAGUGUGGAAGCUCCAACACGACUCUGAGCGACGCGCGCAGUUACGAAGAUCUGUUCGAGGCGAAGCUAGCAAGCGAACAAGCCUCCGACUUUGAAAGUGAGUCUGGAUCAGGUUCGUUUGUGAACCCGGGCUUCGAGUAUAGCUUGGACCCCUCCAUUUCUCUCAACUCUCAAGUACCACUCCGACGACAUUCUAAAAACUGGACCAGAAUAGGAAAGUCAAGUUCUUUCAAUGCCGGAGACAUUCAGCCGCAUUGCCAGUCGAACUCCAAUUCAUCUGGUUCAGGAGGAGUAGUAACGGGAGAAGCCAUGUCAUUUUCAGCAGACUCAAUAGCUCGCAGACCCCAGAAGUUCUGGACGACUAUGGAUGGGAGGAAAAAUAUCCCAGCAGAAAACUACUCUUCCCUUAGACACGAUGCGUCCAUUGGCUCUGUCCACGAGGAGAUCGAAGAAACAACAGAAACAAAAAACAAUGCAUUGAAACAUGCGAAAAUCAAGAAUUUGUUACCAAAUCCAAAAAAACUGAAACAAGCUUUCCAGAAACCCAAAAGCAAUGAGUCAAUUUAAACAGCCACAGAAUCAAUUUAAAUUCAGAUAUAUUUUGUAUUGUCUAGAUUAUUCUAAGUAUUUUAAUUGUAAAUAACUUAAAUGCAAUUGCCUUUAUUUUCAUUCAAACGCAGAUAAAAUUCAA